AUGCCACGGAAACAAAUAUAUCAUAUGAGACGAUCCGCUCUAAGACAGCACACAAAUGACCUAAAUACCGAUAGCUAUUUCGAAAAAAUAAACAAUGUAGAGGAAAAUGAAGUUGAAAGUUGUGAUGCACAUCCCGACGAUGAUUUAGGACAGCAGGAAGGUUAUCUAUCACCCUUCAAUGAUGACGAUUAUUAUGACAGUGAAUGGACACCUCAACAAACAGAUUCUCGGUCACUUGUAAAAACCUCUUCUCAAGUAUCCGCAACGAUUAUGUCACCAUCCGAGAAAUCAACACCUUUGUUACCGAAAGACUUAAAUUCAUGCCAAAACGAACAUGAAACUGCCACAUGGGUUGCCAGCCGACCAUCAAUCCUAAAGCUUGCUCAAUUAAUUUACAAGACAAGUGAACAGCUUAGCGAUCAAAACGAGGACAGCAUUUAUCAUGAGGAAGAUAUUCUGUUGCCACGUCGUCGUAUAAACCGAAGCCAAAACGUCAUCGAGGACAGAGUGUAUAAGGAAUCACGUGCUCUAUUUCUGCGAACUCGAAACAAUACUGCGGAAUUAUAUGAAGAAUUAGCUGCUCGAAUAUUGAACAUGGGACGCGCAAAUCCUGAAGUACAGGUUAUUGCCAAAAAAAUUGGUGUUGUCAUGGACAAUCUUAGAUAUCAAGUCAGCAAGUCAUUACGUGCAACAGCAGAGGCGUACAAGGAAAAAUAUCGAGGGGUCUUGGAAGAUGGAUACUUAUCUGAAUUUAUUGACGAGAGCGUAUGGAAGAAAGUUCUUCAUCUUCCACUCUUGGCUGUUAAUGAACUGGCUCUUAAUAGUAAUAAGGAAAUGAAAAAGGGUUUGAGAAAUUUUGUAAUCAGAGUUGUAGGAAAAUGGGUUGCUGCACUUGUUGAGGGAAAGGAAGCGAAAAGUGCGAUAAAGGAUUUUGAUGAGUUGACAGUGGAUUUGAAAAUUCCGACUAACCAUAAUAUCACAGCGCGACUACCUGUACGAGAAUUAUUACAAUGUAAGGAGAAGUCACGACGAGGGUAA